AGUUUUAAUUUCAUUUUGUUUCAGUAAAUUACUUUGUUUCGUCUGUGAAGAAUGAAAAAAAGUACAUUGUCGGCUUUCGUAUGAGAUAAAAUAAAUUUUUUUCAUCGAAGCAGAUCGCGGUACUAAAAAACCAAGUCAAAAUGUCCGAGCUUCAAUCAUCAUUGCUGUUGAAAAAACAAUUGGCAGAACUAAAUAAAAACCCAGUAGAAGGUUUCUCAGCUGGAUUAAUUGAUGAAAAUGAUAUAUUCCGUUGGGAAGUCCUAAUAAUUGGACCACCAGAUACACUGUAUGAAGGAGGUUUCUUCAAAGCGCAUUUAUACUUUCCUAAGGAGUACCCCCUGCGCCCACCUCGAAUGAAGUUUGUUACGGAAAUCUGGCAUCCAAAUAUUGAAAAGAAUGGUGAUGUCUGUAUUUCGAUUUUACACGAGCCGGGAGAUGAUAAGUGGGGCUACGAAAAAGCAUCAGAGCGUUGGCUCCCGGUGCACACAGUGGAAACUAUUUUGAUAUCCGUGAUAUCAAUGUUAGCGGAUCCCAACGAUGAGUCCCCAGCAAAUGUUGAUGCUGCCAAGGAAUGGAGAGAAUCCUACACUGAUUUCAAGCGCAAAGUGGCACGCUGUGUCCGAAAAAGCCAAGAGGAGUGUUCGUAGAAACCGGAUUUGCUCUAUAUUUGUAUAUUUAUAUUAAAAGUUUGAUACAUUAAAAUGAAUAACUGAAUUAAUAGACAUAUAAAAUUAACAUUUUAUAUUAUGAUCUAUGAUCAUGUCUUUUGAGCCAUUUGGAAAACACA